AUGUUUAUGGAUACAGCAGCUGGAGGUUCUCUGCUCAAGAAAGGGAGCUCGGAGGCAAUGGAGAUCAUUGAAAGCAUGGCUACUACAAGUUACCAAUGGCCAUCCGAGAGAGUUCAGUUGAAGAAAGUUACUGCUGCGUCCAGCUCAGAUCUCAUGGCAUUGAUUUUGACUCAGCUGGCAGAGAUGAACUUGAAAAUCAAUGCUAUGACUGUUGGCGAUUCUGAGCCAGCUGUAGAGAUCCCGACAGGCGUAGAAGACGUCAACUACAUUAAUGGCAGAAACUACGGGAACUUUCAGCACGGGCAACAGAGCGGGUAUAAUAAUGGACAACAGCUUCAUCAUGGAGGGCGUCCACAUCCGAAUUUGGCUUAUGGGAAUCCGAAUAACGCGCUCCAAGCUCCACCAGGCUUCUCUGAAGGGGCCAUGACGGCAAAAGAUGAGAGUGCACAGCUGAUUGAGAAAAAAUCUGAGGAGGUCACUGUUGAGAAAGAAAGGAUGAAGGAGCGGCUCUCUAAGUUUUUAGAGAUCUUUAAGAAGGUGAACAUCAACAUUCCGUUGGUGGAGAUGCCGCAGUAUGCCAAAUUCCUCAAGGACAUAGUCUCCCGAAAGAAGAAGUUGGGAGAGUUUGAGACGCAUUUCGGAAGGUCACUCUGCGAUCUGAGGGCGAGCAUAAACCUCAUGCCUUUAUCUGUUUUCCAGCAGCUGGCUAUUGGAGAGUUGAAGCCGACAUCAAUAAGGCUACAGAUGGCGGAUAGGUCGGUCACUUAUCUUCGUGGAAUUGUGGAGAACGUGCUCGUGAAGGUGGGGGAUUUCAUUCUCCCUGCUUAUUUUGUGGUUCUAGACAUUGAAGAUGACAACAAAAUCCCGCUAAUUUUGGGGCGUCCGUUCCUUGCAACGGGAAGAGCUUUAAUUGAUGUGGAGAAUGGAGAGCUCACACUGCGACUGCAUGAUGAGAGCCAAACUUUCUAUGUCUAUGAACCAUACCGCAUCCACAAGGACGAAGUGCCCAAGAAAGCAAAGGAUCCGGGAAUGGACCCAGGUGAUCGGAAGUUGAAAGGAGGAAUUUUGGCUGGUAAGAGUGGAGCAGGGGGCAGCUGUUCGCAGCACUACAUUACAACCCUUAAUGAAGACCUUUUGAUCUUGAUAUAUGCCUAG